AUCAAAAAUCAAAAACAAACUGUGAAAUUCAGUUUGAUCGACAAGAAAUGUCUCUGUUCAAAAUUUGCAAUUGGUGGAAAGUGCGAUCUCCGGAUGCGGAACCCAACUACGACUCGUUUUCGCUUCACUGCGUCAGAUUGUGCAUCGAAGAAGGGGAGAAGGACAGUAUCAUCGUUGGGUCGCAUUCAGGUCAUCUUUCGAUCUAUCAGCCAUCCUAUAGGAAUGUAGCUGAGGGAGAUUCCGAGGAUGAACACCUGGAAAGCGUAUUUCAUCACUCAGAUGUGAUCCUGGAAGUCAAGAUGCCUUUGCCGGUUAUCGGGAUAACAAGUGGAAAGUUUACGACAUCGACUAAGGCGGAUACUAAACUAAACAUUGCGAUUUUACAUCCACUAAAAGUUUGUGUCUAUCAAAUUCUAACAAUCGAUGGAAUUGCCGAUCACGGUGAUCAUUCGAGGCUUCAACUGAUUUACGAGCACAAUCUGAGUAAGUCAGCUUUUUCAUUCUGCCGUGGAAGUUUUGGGGGUGUAAAAGGUCGGGAUUUCUUAUGUGUUCAGCAUAUGGAUUGCUCUUUGAAAUUUUUCGAACAUGAUGGCAUAAGCUUCGAAUAUCAACUGCCCGGCGAAAGGAACAUCCCAUCGUCAAUCCUAUAUAUCCCAAGAAUAGAUUGCUUCGUUACGUGUUCCCCCAGUUGGGAUCUUGAGUGUUACCGAUAUCAAGACCUUUCAGAGACUAACGAAUCGCUGAGGAAGAACGAACCUAUAUGGUCCAUGUGCAUCGGAGAAUAUGCUCUCGAUUUAAGCGUGCAUCAGAUAUCGAACACAGAAUCCGCGAUUGUAGUUCUCGGAGAAAACAAUUUUCUUUGUUUGACAGAUACCGGGAAAUUUAAAUUCAUGAAGAAACUCGACUAUUCGCCAAUUUGCUUUCAUUGUUUCGUUCUUGGAUGGUACUGGGAACCUGGAGCCCGUCUAAUGAUUGCAAUAGUUUCGGAAAAUGGUUCUCUUCUCCUGCACGAGAAUAAUCAAGUCGUAUGGUCGGUGGAACUUUCCGAAAUACCUGUCGCGUUGGACAGAGCCAACGUAUCUGGGUUGCCGGGAGCAUUGGUUACAUUGGGCAGUACAGGCGUCAUCGAUGUAGGAUAUCUGGGUUCGGAACCGUAUCUAUUCAAAGUGCCUCCGAUGAAUCUUGUUCCGGUUGAAAUAGACAAAUGCCAAAAUGAGAUAAUGGAGAUGGAGAAGGAAAUACGCAGCGGAGCAGAUUUCAGUGAUAUCGCGGUGAUCAAUGCAACGGCGGAACGUGAUGUUGUGUUGGACUCAUCACUCGAUAACAAACUGCUAGAGUGUACUUAUCCAAGCAAUAUUGUGAAUACCGACAGCUCCAUCAAAAUGUGUCUACUAACGGUCACAGCGAGAGUCCAAAUUAAUGUGGAAUUUCUCCAAAUAUGCAUCACAACAGAUCCCGCAAUCGAAUGUUCGAACGAAACGUUCUUGUUCCGUGAUAUUCAUGCUGAAAGCACACAAGAAAUGACUGCAUGGAUUUAUCCCGGUGCAGCUGCUGUUCCAGCUAGUCUAGAUGUUAAAAUUUCCUGUUCCUACACGAACAAGAAAGGAAUCACAAGAGUUUUGCAAAAACUAGCCAGAUUACCAUUAAAGUUAUUUGUGAAAACGAGUCAACCUUCGAAAGAGACAAACCACAAAAUCACCCUCACUUGCCACGAUUCAACAGACACUAUUCAACAAUUGUUCCCUGAGUUCAUCACUGAUGGAAGUCCUCAUGCAUUGGGAUUACUUUCCUUAUCCACUGGAGCGAAAGUAACCAUUAUUGCAGCCAAAAAUUCGAACCGUUACAGAGUACAAUCGAACGACUUAUGUGCUAUACCACUGAUAAUCGAUUCUCUAAUUGAACGAAUUACUAGUCGAAAUAACAAAUCGGAUGCUGUGAGGGCAUCAAUUUCUGUAUCUUUCAACCCACCAAUCAUCGAGAGAAUUCUAGUUGAAAUCGAGCAGCACUACCAACUUAGACAACAGUUUAAACAAAUUUCAGACGAAUUAGAAGUUCGAACGUGUCAAAUGCGGCUGUUUGAACGUCGGUUUGCAACCAAACUACAAGAAAGAUCCCUUCGUGCAUUGGAUGGCAUUUUGAUGCUUCUAGAAGAAAAUCAUUUAAAUGUUUCCAAAACAUGGAGCGAAGUGAAGACGGUUCAAUCUGAAAUAAGAGUGUCUCAAAUUCGUGUAUCCGGACUUCUGAAUCUUUUUCGUGCAAGUUUCUCAGAUUUGGGCAUACCGGCCAGGUCCUUUGAAACAAUUAAAGGCGUGUUCGCAUCAAGCGUUCUCGACAACACUGAGCAGAGUUGGGAAGAGAUGAUACAACCAACAAUAACACACCUCAUCUCGAAUGAUCAUUUUCGCAGUGAAACAAAAAUCUCUACAUUCGACGAAAAAUAUAUUUUUGCGAUGGAUGAAAAAUUUAGUUUUGAUCAGUUCAAAAAACAACUUACAUCUCUGUUUUCACGAAUCGAAGAAAAACGAUCAAAAUCCGGUAGAAGUAGUGCUGAUUACGAAGACUUGGAGGAGUUACCUGAUGAAAACGAGGAAUCUGAAGGGACUGAAUGGGCGGCCGAUGAAAAGUUUACAAAGUUACUGAAUAAUUAAAUAAAGCAUUGUCUAAAACAAAUAGUACACAUCAUAGUGAAUGUUCACUCUUCGAGCCUUGUUUGUCAAUUAUAUACACCCCUAUUCUGUAUUUCGAUCGAUUCGAAAUAUUUCGAACGAUUUGAUAGAAUUCCAUCCUGUAUUCCGAUCGAGUUGUUUUUGCAUUUCUAUCGAUCUGUUUCUCUUUGAAUAUUGAAUGGGCGAAACGUUAGAAAUAGGGGAUGUGAAAUUAUAACUCGAACGAAAUAACGGUUUCGAACGAAAUGAAAAUCCGUCGGAAUACAGAAUAGUGCUGAUGAUCCUACUCCUGAUUAAUUUUUCUCGUCGAAAAGUUCCACAAAAAGAAACUGCGUUUCAAUAGUUGUUCGCACAUCAAACUAACAUCGAUUCGAUAUUUGUUCAAUGGCAAAUAGGAGCAUCAUUUAAAAAAAAAAGAAUUAUAGUUCAUUUUUUAUUAUUAUCACAUUACACAAUGCACAUAAUGCACAAAAGUUGACCCUUUUUAGAAAGUUUCACCGUAGCAUACUAGCAUAUACGGUUGAGAUUAACUUCCUCUUCCUCUUAACGAAGCGAUAGCAGUAGGUAGGAGUAGGGACAGUUAUUUUCUCAUUUGAAUUCUACCCAUUUGACGAAGUAUAAGCGUGAAUAUCUGUUGGCAAUAGGCCAACGAGACGGUGAGGAAGAAGGGAAGU